UCGUUCCUAAGACAUCAUCAGAUUAUUAAAGUAGUUUAGAAGUUCUUCCGCUUUUUCCAUUCUGCGGCUGCUGGGGGAGUGUUGUUUAUGGAUACGUGGAGCUCGCGUUCUCCUGCAUUUUAAUCUCCUCUCCUCAUCUUUUUUCAAUCCAUAGUGUUUUUUUACAGCUUCAACACUUGGUCCCCUGGUGAAGAUUUGGAUUUUUUGCAGCGAGAAUGGUUUCGAUUGAUAAUGGUGGAAAUGAUGAGGGAAUUGAGAAAUGUAAUGGUUCUACUAGUGUCAAUACUCAGAUUCCUCUUCAUAUUUCUAUGUCUCAAAAGGGACUUAUAACUGAUGAAAACCCUCAACGUAGGCUCCAUGCUAAUUUAGCUGCUCAGCCCAAAAGAACACGGUUUCUCAAAUUCCAGCGUAUUGCUUCGAGGAGAGAUCAGAUGUCACGGGCUGUGCGUUCGUCAAGUGGUCAUGUUAUUCGAGAGCAACUCAAUAGGGUCUUUUCCCGGAAAAUGGAUUGGGGCUCUAUUUGUAAAAUGGGCAAAGAAUGGAUUAAGGACCCUAUGAACAUGGCCCUUUUUGUUUGGAUUGUUGGUGUUGGUGUAUCUGGUGCACUUCUGUUCCUCGUCAUGACCGGAAUGUUGAACAGUGCCCUGCUGAAAAAGAGUGAAAGAGAUGCUUGGUUCGAAGUUAAUAAUCAAAUCCUCAAUGCAUUAUUUACUCUAAUGUGUCUUUAUCAACACCCGAAGCGUAUCUACCACCUCAUACUUCUGUUUAGAUGGAGACCUGAUGACAUUUCCAAACUUAGAAUGAUUUACUGCAAGAAUGGGACUUAUAAGCCUCAUGAAUGGGCACACAUGAUGGUUGUUGUUGCUCUAUUACAUAUUAACUGCUUUGCGCAAUAUGCCUUGUGUAGUCUUAACUUAGGAUACAAGAGAUCAGUCCGACCAGCUAUAGGAGUUGGGAUAUGUAUCUCUGUUGCAAUUGCUGCACCUGCAAUCGCUGGUGUUUACUGCAUUGUUAGCCCACUCGGGAAGGAUUACCAUUCUGAAAUGGAUGAGGAAUCACAAGCUCAUAUUACCACUGGUGAAGUAUGCCAGCCAAGCCAGUUAAGAUCCAAAUCAUUAGAGAAGAGAUUUUCAUUUGCUUCAAGAGAUGAGAGGAUUGUCGAGAGCACAAGACCCAUGUGGAGUGGUGGGGUGCUUGAUUUUUGGGAUGAUAUUUCUUUAGCAUAUCUCUCACUAUUUUGUAGUUUUUGUGUUUUUGGGUGGAAUAUGGAGAGACUUGGGUUCGGAAACAUGUAUGUUCAUAUUGCAACUUUUCUUCUGUUUUGCACGGCCCCUUUCUGGAUUUUCAAUUUGGCUGCCGUUAAUAUCAAUAACGAGAGCGUCAGGGAGGCAUUGGGGGUUACGGGGGUCUUUCUUUGUGUGUUUGGUUUACUUUAUGGUGGAUUUUGGAGGAUUCAGAUGAGAAAGAGAUUCAACUUGCCACCAUAUAAUUUCUGUUGCAGUAAAGCAGAUGUUGCUGAUUUUACACUCUGGCUUUUCUGCUGUUGGUGUUCUCUUGCUCAGGAAGUGCGGACUGCGAAUUCAUAUGAUGUUGUAGAACAAAAAUUUUGCACAAAGCAAGUGGAUGGAUGUGGCCAAUUGCAAAUUUCACCUUUGCCUCGUGAAGAUGGAGAUUCAGAGUUUAGGUCUGGCCCAAGUUCUCCACACAGCAACAUCUCUGCUCCAUCACAGAUUACAAAAGCUAACUCUACAAUUCCAGAUGGGCAUGUUCCUUUGGAAGAGGAGGAAUCUCAUACAGGAGGUAUGGAUGAAACUAUGACACCACCUCUGCCUUCACUUAUACAAAGAGAAGCCAAUUAGGUUAAAACCAUUCAAUAAUGGCAUAAUGAUUUGUAUUAUUAAAUGUUGCAGACUAGUUCAAAUGAUUUAUAAGUAUUUUUAGUGUAUCCAAUUGCAUUUCACAUGUAAAUUCUUUUUCUUUCUUAGGUCUCUUGAAGACAAUUUUUUGGAUACAUCUGAGCAUUAUUAUAGUUUCGUAGUUACCUCCAUAUUUGAACAAAUACUCUAUAUACAGCAAGUAUCGCAGAAGGAAUAUGUCUAAAGGGUGCUAGCCUGUUAGGUGUUCCGAACUGAAUAAAAAAACAACAGUUGUGCCUA